GGCAGGAAAAUAAAAAAUUUAAACACCGCCGCCUCCGUUCACUUUCACUCAGACUGCGCGCGUGCGACUUCUGCCAGCAACUGCAGUCGACAGUCGUUCAGUUACGUGCUGGUCGCGUGCGCCUUAGCUGCUGCGGUGGUCACGACGAAGACACACACUUCGCGCUUUACAGACACGGUAUCGAAAAUUCGCACAAUGAUCUGACACCAAGCAUGAACAUGAAAGAGCCAUGGCCGGCCAUACAAUCACGAGUUACCAAACAUUACUAUACCUGUUCACGUUCGUCGCAAUCGGCGAAAUACUGUGUCAGGGUAGAGAAGUCCCUGCAGCGAGACUGCAAACGCCACUGCCGAAGGGACGCGCCAUACCAGUAGCCUCCGCCAACGGCGGUCCUGCGGCGAAUGCCAUCGGCCGCCCGACUAAACAACAGCAGCAGGACACAAUCCAGAAACAAACCACGCCGACUCCGCCGGUCUCGGUCAAAGAACUAUUCAAUUCUUCAUCGUGCGUCGAACCUCCGUUCACGUGCCCUCAUCCGAAGAUUCAGUUUUACUUGUACACCAGGCUCACGCAGAACAAUCCCGACUUGUUGGACGUGACUGAUCCCGAAUCGCUGUACAAGUCUCAUUUCAACCCCAAGCAUCCGGUCAAGAUUAUCAUACAUGGUUUCCAAGGUGGCAGAAACCUGUCGCCGAGUACCGAUCUCCGGAACGCUUAUUUCACUCGAGGAAACUAUAAUAUAAUCAUAGUGGACUACUCGAGUUUGGCGCAAAUACCUUGUCUGAACCAAGUGGAAUGGGCCCCCAGAUUUUGUGGUAUGUGCAUCGCUCAACUGGCCAACUACUUGGCCGACCAUCCUAGAGGAGUUCCUCCCGACAAGCUGCAUAUGAUGGGGUACAGCGUGGGUGCUCAUAUCGCAGGACUGGCGUCCAACUUCAUCAACUCGGGAAAAAUCGGCAGGAUCACCGGCUUGGACCCGACAAUCAUAUUCUACAUGAGCAACAACAGAUCCAGGGACCUUGAUCCCACGGACGCUCAUUUCGUGGACAUCAUACACACGGCGGCGGGCAUCCUGGGUCAGUGGGGCCCCAGCGGACACGCCGAUUUCUACGUAAAUGGAGGCACUUCGCAGCCUGGUUGCGCCAGCGACAGCAUCAUACAGACGCUGUCGUGCGAUCACACCAAAGUGACGCCGUAUUUCAUCGAAUCGAUCAAUUCCAACGUAGGGUUCUGGUCAAUACCGUGCGCCAACCGAUUUUAUUUCAACUUGGGCCUUUGCGAUCCGCCGGAGUCUGAGUACGUUUUGAUGGGCGAACACGUGACACACAAAGCUCGCGGUAUUUAUUACUUGCACACAAACGCGAAAAAACCUUACGCCAGAGGCUUCCCCAAAAAGAAGUGAUCAUCGUUGUCGACCUGCAGCGCACAGACCCUUGCAACAAUACACUCGAUAAUAAUAAAAUAUACGAAAAAAAGGCCUAGUCAAAUAAUAUUAUGUGUAUUCUUAAUAUUUUUUUGUGCGAUAAGCGCACUGAUAAGAUAGAAUAGAUAUUUUAAUCUAUUCUGUGCUGAUACCAUCCGCAUAAGACCUUAGUCCUUAAGGCUUAGAUCAUUUACAAUGAACAGAGCCUUGGCAUAAUAUAAACGCGUACUACCUACGUGUUUGAAGACAUCUUCAGUACCCGUCGCAUAUUUAUCAUAUCACUUAACUACAUACAAAAUAUUUUGCUUGUGAUAACAGAUGUAGCAACUGAAUUCUCAUUUUACCUGAUUCCUCUUAGUUAGUUCAGUUAGUUGGCUCCAAAUAUUAAAGCAGUAGCUCUAUCCAUUGUAUAUGACCUAAGUAUAAGACAUAAUUACUACAAUAUAAUAAUAUUAUGUCGUAUUGUAUACUACCCUUGUGCUCAUAACUUAAUAAGCGUAUGUAUAUUAUAUUGCUUCUGUGUAUAUUUAUCCGAACGGUGAAUGUUUCAAGAUUCAUGUGAUUUUAGAUUAUACUUUGUAAAUAAUUAUUUUCUGUGUAUAAAAUAGGCGAAUAGUUACUGUAUAGUCAAUACUGGUGUAAAGUUGUAGACUGUAGUAUAAUUUAUUCAUACAACAGUGUAUAUUGUUCGAUUGUUUUGAAACAAUAAAGUUGUAACGAAAACGCUAA